AUGCCUACGCAGCUUAGGAAAUCCAACGCCGACACAACCGGUUGCCCAGAAGGACUUAUCAUGGCUGAUACAAUUGAUAGUGAUGAAGUUAAGGCUGAAGGUGUAGAUGGACAAUGUGAUGUCAAUCUUGAAGAUUGUGUAAAUGUCGAAGAUGGGUUGAAUGUUGAAGAUGGAGUCAAUCUCAAAGAACGAGUGAAUGUGGAAGAUUCGAGUAGUGGUCCUUUGGAGCCAUUUAUUGGCAUGAUAUUUGACGAUGUGGAAGACGCCCAAGCAUUUUACAAGGUUUAUGCAAGACGGAAAGUAGACUAUGUUUGCACAAGGGAAGGAUUUCGGCGGGUAAGUCGAAAAGAAAAAGAACAAACAGUUCCUAAGAUUGCUGAGACAAAGAUUGGAUAUAAAGCAAUUAUGGGAGUAAAAAAAGAUGGUGAAAAGUGGAUGGUGAACAAGUUUGUAGUUGGACAUAACCAUAUUCUACUUACAUCGAGGAGUGCUAGUUUGCUCCGUGGAAAUAGAAAGUUAUUAAGAACAUGGCAAAAGGCAAUGCUUGGAAAAGCCCCUGCAACUAUUAUUACCGAUGAUGACAAGGCAAUGGCGAAAGCAAUUGCAAAGAUACUCCCGAAUACAACUUAUAGGUUGUAUUUGUGGCAUAUUUUACAAAAGUUUCCUGAACACUUGGCUCAUGUUUAUAACAAAUUUCUGGACUUUGGCACAGAUUUCCGUCAUUACAUCCAUGAGACAAUUACAACUGAUGAGUUCGAGUAA